AUGGGAAAGCGACGAGACGCUGGUGAUCAGCAGCAAUUGCAUGAAGAACGCAAUCUUCGGCCCCCAGAAGUCUCGUUCGACGAAGACCUAGCGCAGUCAUUGGCCUCUUUGCCACCCCUAGGCGACAGGUAUGAGCUACAACAGGAGAUCAUGGAUGCGCGUCUGAGUACACGAGACAACGAGGGCCAGGUCGAGACAUUCGUUUCCAAGGCCAAAUUGCGUCAUGUGAUAACGGUCGACUCUGUGACGCGAGAACUGACUAGGACUGCGACACAGUCCACAGUGCAGCUUUCAUCCGAAAAAAUCCAGUCCUACGCAAGGAUAGUUUGCACAGAAGCGGAGGAUGAAAGGCAAAAGGGAACGACCAAAAUCACGACGUUCCGCAAAAUAUUUGCACUCUUAGUGCUAAUCGAAGCUGUUUCUUCGAUCGUGGACUUCGUGAGAGAGGGAGUCACGGAUCAAGAUUUACCCCUCGUGAAGCAUGACGGAGCCGGCGAAUUGUAUCGCAAAGGUGGUCAAAUCUGUGUUCCUCGUGGUUGCUUCAAGGAAUGGUCACCCUUGAAGCUUGAGAACUUUCAACGCUAUCAGUGGUGGCUACUUGCCACAUACUUCUCGCCACCCGAUGACGACGGAGUAGUAAAGAACUACAAACUCCAAGACCAGCACAUCCUUCCUUUCCUCACCCCAGGAAAUGCUUUGAGUCAGUCUAUUGACAAGACUGGUGGCUACGGAAAGGUAAUCAUGGUGAAGAUACCCUCCGAUCACCAUAAUUUCAGUGAUACGCGGCUCUGCGAGCGCGGUUUCGCCGUCAAACAACAAGUUCACGACGAGAAUCGCGACGCUUAUAAAAGAGAGAUUGAGAUACUGAUGAAAUUCAGUGGCGGGCGAAGUCAUCCACACAUAGUCUCCCUGCUUGCAACGUAUGAGCAGUUCAACAGAUUUAAUCUGAUCUUCUACCGCGCGGAAGGCGAUUUAUUCGACUAUUGGAAGAAGCUCAAACCAUACCCGGUCCUCCAUCACAGCAAUGUCAACUGGUUUGCCAAGCAGUGUAGCGGGCUUGUCGAGGGCCUGUCGAAACUUCACAAACUACUAUCGUUCACCAAACCUCAGUUUAAAAUCGAGGAGGAGCAAGUAGAAUACUCAUAUGGGGGCCGUGAGCUCGUGAAAAGAUUCAAGCGGUCAAGGUCAAUGACCGACUACUUUCUUCGAUUUACGACUAUUGAUACAUUCUAUGAAGUGGAGAAGGACCCUGAACUUCCUGGAAUACGGGCCAAGGUCAAUCCGAGAGUCACUGCCUUCAUCGAUGAGCUACAUCGACACCCAAACUGUACUCUUUACUUGCACGAGGUACUGAACUUGAUUCAGUUUGACAUGCUGGUAGUCGACUCGAUGGAGCGCAAGUCUUGCAUGGAUGUGUGGCAUUCGCUAGACGCCCUAUACGACAGAUGUCGUCGCAAUGCGGAUUAUGCGACGAUGAGCAACCCUUGGUGCAACAUGAGGCGUACUGCUUCAUUCGUUGAGCAAUACGUCACGUCAGCAUCGGCGGAGGCCAUGCAAGACGAUCCACCAAGUCCAAAUUCAGAAGCUCCAGCAGUACAACCGAUCGCAUCGAGAAGAAGACGCUUGAGCCGUAUACCCAAACUCAAGUCUCCUUUACUCGCAUAA